AUGGCCCCUCUAAGCGGAAACCAAGAAGAAAAGAGAAAGCACAGUAGUACCAAAGGCCGCACGCUGGUCCGCUGGGACAAUAUUCAGCUUUUGCUUACCGUCCAACAAGCAUGCAAUUCCACCGGCGUUAAAAUCCCAUGGGAUCGGGUUGCUGCCACUAUGGGCCCGAAGUUCAGUGAGGGUGCAAUCAUUCAGCAUCUUUCCAAGCUCCGCAUUCGUCGUGAGAAUGAAGGAAAAAAUAACCCACCGUCUCUGCGCCGUUCUGUGGGAGGUGGAAGCACGGCAAUGACCCCAGUAUCGGGAUCUGCGGGCACCCCGAAAAGGGGCAAGAAAAAAAGAAAGGCAGCCACCCGAAAACAUGAUGACAUGCCUCCGCAAAAUGAGAUUGAAGGGGAGGACGAUGAAUACGACAGUGAUGAGGAUGAGGACCCUUCGUACAGCACCAAACCCAAGCGUGGCAGUGUCAAACGUACCAACCCCAAGGGAAAGAACAACAAGAGACGAAAGGCCGCUACCAGUGAAGUCGAAUCCGAGAAAGACAAUGAAAACAACCUGGUGUGUGCUGGAGCACCUUUCCUUGCAUUGAAGGGUGAUACUGAGUCUGGCUCUGAAUCCGAUGGCUCUCGCGAUGAGUCCGCAGAGGGUGAUAUCGUGGAAGAUAUGGCGCAGGAAAAACGACAGUCAAAGAUGGUCUCUCUGGGUGUUAACCCAGCUGCACUCCAGAAUCUCCAGGACUUCGGCAGUGCCAUUACUGGUGUGUCCACGAACACCCUUAAUCAGCAGGCUCCACACUGGGAUCAGGGCCUUUUCACUGAACAUAAUACUUACUAUGGUCAUCCGAAUUCACACCUGGGUCAGUAUGGGGGACUCACGUAUGGAUACCCCUCGCCUCAGCCGCUGGCCACCUUCCCCGGUAGCCCUGUAUUCAUGCCGCAAGGCUAUGAUCCCAGCAUUGAUCCCAGAGCCAUCAUGACUUCCGCUCCAGGUGCCCCAUAUGCGCAACAAGGAGGAUUUGUGCCAGGUUUCAGCGCUUUCAGUAACUUUCAUCAACAAUCCCCUCAAGUGAUCGCGAGCCAGCCUGUGGAGUCCAAUGAGAUGCCUGACCAGAACGUCUUAGACUACAUGUGGACCAGAUCGGAGACAGGUGAAGGUGAAUCGCUGGAUUGA